AUGUUUCCAGAACAAUUUGGGAAGUUUACGUCCAAUCAAUUCCGGCCGCAAUUUAAUAAAGCCAAAGCUCUAUGUGGUCAAUCCGUUGCCCCAGCUCCAGCCGAAGACAAUGAUGAUGAUGAGUUCAACUCUCUUGUGGAAAAUGUCAUGCCUCCAGCUUGUCAUGUGCAAGUGCCAUCUUCCAAUGUGGCUAACGUGACUUCUUUCGGUGGAAGCAAUGACAAUGACAGUGCACCGGAGGAUUCUCCUCAAUUUGAUCAUACUGUUUGGGUACCCAAAAAACUUGUCAAACAGUGGGAGAAUGAACAUGGCAUUCGCAUGGCUACCAUCAUUUUCUGGUUGAGCAGUGGUACUACUCCCAAGGAUGUGGAGACUGCUAUUAAUGCCAGUGGGCAGAAGCUAUCCAUCCGUGAGAAGUGGCAUUGUGAUUUGCUUGAUGUGGCUGAAUUCUAUGAGCUAUACCAACAAUACACACAGGAACCCAUUGGGGAUACCAACGUCCGCAGCCAUGCCAUGAAACAGCAUGUUCGAUCCCUUGUUGAUAUCAAAGGCGAGCUCUACUCUCUCUACACCAUGGAUCUUCCAUUUCAAGUUGAUCCAUCCACUUUGAAUGUUACUUUCCCAGGAUUUGAGUCUGGUACUUUGUACUGUCAUGUGGAUGUGGCUGAGAAGAAGAAGAAAGAAGAGGCACCAACCUUCAUUAUGAGGAAGAGGAGUGGCAAGGGAAGGAAGACAACUGAACCGGAAUACAGCAGCUUCACACCCAACUAG